AGUACUGAGCUCAGUCUGAGGAAACAUCCGGCUGCUAUGCUGUACUAAAGAUUUUCUGUACAAGGGCCAGUCUAAGCAUGGUGGAUAAAGGGCCCUUACUGACAUCAGCUAUUAUUUUCUACCUGUCCAUCGGGGCUGCAAUCUUCCAAGUGCUGGAGGAGCCCAACUGGAAACUGGCAGUGAACCAUUAUAACCAACAGAAGGAACAGAUCUUGAGAGAUUACCCAUGUCUCAACAAAACAGCUCUGGACAGGAUCCUGGAGGUGGUGUCUGACGCUGCAGGACAAGGUGUCACCAUCACAGGAGAGAGAACCUUCAACAACUGGAACUGGCCAAAUGCUGUUAUUUUUGCUGCUACAGUCAUUACUACUAUUGGUUAUGGCAAUAUUGCUCCCAAAACUGCAGCAGGAAGGGUCUUUUGCAUUUUUUAUGGCCUGUUCGGUGUCCCGCUUUGUCUGACCUGGAUCAGUGAACUCGGAAAGUUUUUUGGUGGGAGAGCAAAAAGCUUUGGACAAUAUCUAACCAAGCGAGGCUUCACAAUGCGAAAGGCACAGUUCACCUGCACAGCCAUCUUUCUGUUUUGGGGUGUCCUGAUACAUCUGAUUAUUCCUCCAUUUGUUUUCAUGUCCCAGGAGGGCUGGACCUACAUAGAGGGUUUAUAUUUUUCCUUCGUCACUUUGACAACUAUUGGAUUUGGUGAUCUUGUAGCAGGUGUUGACCCAAAUGCAGACUACCCUACACUGUACCGCUAUUUUGUGGAGGUCUGGAUAUACCUGGGCUUGGCUUGGCUCUCGCUCUUCUUUAACUGGAAGGUUCGGAUGGUCAUUGAGGCUCAUAAAGCUCUGAAGAAGCGCAGGAAGCUUCGCAAACUUUCUCUGGAUGAGCUCCAGCACUACAAAGCCACCCACAAAGUUGUACAGCUGCCACCGGCUGGCCAUGAUGUCAACAUCUUCAGCUUUCUGUCUAAGAAAAAGGAGGGCUACAAUGACCUUAUCAAACAGAUUGGUACCAAGAAGGAAGGAGAGAAUCACUGUGAUGGUAAUAUUGACGCUAAAAAGCAAUUCUGUCGUUCCAAAAGCUGCAGUGAUGCCAACCCUGCUAAUGACAAUACCAUUCUCAAUUUGGAGCGAUCGCCCCGACAGAAACGACGCUUCAGUUUCAGUGAUCGAGUCACAGUAGUUUUUUCCAAGUCAAAGAACUACCUGCUGGGUAAGGAGGGAUCUUUGCUAACUCAGAUGCAGGCUGAUGGGAAUCAGGACCUAAACAUGGAGGCAAUGUGUGAAAAUCAGUUGGAUAAAGAAGCAGGUGAGGAGCACAGGGGUCUUGGGACAGGAGGCGGAACUCCAGACUGUCACCUGUGGGACUCUGAGUACCAACCCCUUAUCUAUCCAAAUGCCAACAUUACUUUUAUUGAUGAAGAAAACCUGUUGAACAACAACCUGGAAGAUGAGGAUGAAGAAACUAAGGCCACACUUUCAACUUCAGAUGAAAAUGGCGGAUUCGAGAGUGACUCUAAGGAAACAGAUACAUCUAUUAUCACGGACGGAUCUGACCAUUCCUACAUAGAGAUUGCAGAGGAGUACAGCAAAGAGAGUAACACUGAUGUCUGA